AUGUUUCGUGCUAUUAAAACUAUUCAAUUAUCAGCAACAACAGCUGUUCGAUCGUUUCACGCAACAAAACCCUUAUUCUUGGCUAGUAAUAGUGCCAUUAAAGAAGGAGCAACUUUGCCAAAACAUACAUUGUUUGAAAAUGAACCUAAAAAUAAAGUAAAUAUUGAAGAUGUUUUUGCUGGAAAAAAAGGAAUUCUAUUCGGUGUGCCAGGUGCAUUUACUCCUGGAUGUUCAAAGACUCAUUUACCUGGCUAUGUAAAUUCAGCAAAGGAAUUUCAAAAACUAGGUUAUGAUACAAUAGUUUGUGUAACUGUUAACGACCCAUUCGUUUGUCAGGCUUGGGCAAAAGAGCAUAAAGCUGAAGGAAAAGUACGAGUAUUAGCCGAUCCUGAUGCUAAAUUUACCAAGGCUCUUGGACUCGAAAAAGACCUGUCAGCUGUUUUGGGAAAUGUUCGAUCAUCUCGAUAUGCUAUGGUCAUUGAUAAUAAUAAAGUACAGAAAUUAUUCAUUGAACCCGAUGGUACAGGUUUAAGCUGCUCGGUAUCACAAACAGUUCUUGAUGAAAUCAAGAAAGGUGAUCUGGCUAAAUGA